AUGGAUGCCGCCGUAGCUCAGCUAUCGCACUGGCUUCAGGAAAAUAAGCUCAAGGUGAAGGAGACGAUUUAUGAAGGUCUGUGUAAAGCUCCACAAGCCUUCGUAGACAUGAUGGCUGGCAAGAAUAUUGGAAAGAUGAUUACGAAAGUAUGA